AUGUAUAUUGACGAGUUUUACAGUAAACGGGAACUAUUCAUUACCGGAGGAACAGGUUUCCUUGGUAAAAGUCUCAUUGAAAAACUGCUACGCGAUUGUCCCGGCAUCAAAACGAUGUAUAUGCUAAUUCGGCCGAAACGGGGUAAAACCGCUAUGGAACGUUUAGUGGAUUACAAAAAUGAUCCGGUGUUUGCUCGUUUGCGUCGUGACCAACCAAGCGUUUUAGAUAAGAUCGUACCAAUUGUUGGUGAAUGUUCAGAAAUUGGAUUGGGUAUCAGUCAAGAGGAUUUGAAUCGUUUGAAAAAUGUCAGCAUUAUAUUUCACGAAGCGGCAUUUGUUAAAUUUGAUAAUGAUUUACGCAGUUCGAUUUUAAUGAAUACCCGAGGAACUUAUGAAUUGGUGAAAAUUGCCCAAACCCUUAAGCACUUAAUCGCUUUCAUUCACUGUUCCACGGCAUAUAUUUAUCCAUUUGGUCAUGAAAUUGAAGAGAAGAUUUAUAAACUGCCUACAGAUUGGCGUACGGCAAUUAAGUUGGCGGAAACUUAUGAUGUUGAAACAUUGGAAAUUUUAAGAUUGAAAUACACCGGUUUUUUCCCGAAUCCCUAUAGCUUUACCAAAAAUCUUGCCGAACAAAUAAUUGCCGAUCAUUCCGAUGUAUUGCCGAUGACGAUUUUGAGACCCGUAGUUGUUGCCCCCGCCUACAUGGAACCAGAACCAGGAUAUUUCGAUAAUUUAAAUGGUCCUAUGGGCAUUUUGGCGGCCGUGUCUUUGGGUGUUAGUCAAAUGGCAUAUGUUAACCCCGAUUUAAAUUUAUCACUAAUUCCUGUCGAUUUGGUAACAAGUCUGACCAUUGGCAGUGGUUUUCGCUGUGGCAUGGAAACACUGAGUAAACCCAAAUCGUCGCCAUUAAAGCUGCGUAUACAAACAUUUGCCCCGGGAAAAAUGUACGACUUUACAAUACAACAGAGUACAAAGAAAAUUGUGGAACUUGUCAAAAAGAACCCGAUACAAAAUGCUGUUUGGGCGCCAUCUCCACGAAUGACAACAAAUAUGUAUUGGUAUUUAAUAUGGCUGUUUUUGGUCCACAUACCCAUGGCCAUAAUCUAUGAUUUGAUAUUUGUUUUGGCGAAAAGGAAACCAAUUCUUUUGAAGACGACCCGGCGAAUUAUUUACACCGUGCGAACACUGGGUAAAUUUUCGAAGAAAUAUUUUGAAUUUCACAAUGAGGGAAUGUGGGAUCUAUAUUAUGCUACCAUGGAGAAUGAUCGAGAUCACCGUUUUUAUCAUGUUGACGCUAUGAACAUGGAUUUCCAUCACAUAUUUGAUGGUACCUUGAAGGGCUUGAAAAAAUUCAUCUUAAAGGAGCCGGAAGAAGCCACCCCAGCAACCCGUAGACGUUUUCAAAUGCUUCUUAUGGCGGAUCAAAUUAUUAAAAUAAUUUUAUUUGUUGUUUGUGUAAAGUGGGCAUGGAAAUGGGUGCAUUCAUUUGUGUAA